AUGAAGGUAACAGUUUGUGGCGCUGCUGGGGGCAUUGGCCAACCCCUUUCCCUUUUACUCAAAUUAAACCCCCAAGUUACCGAGCUUGCUUUGUUUGAUAUCGUGAAUGCUAAAGGUGUUGCCGCUGAUUUAAGUCACAUUAACACACCUGCCAAGGUUAAUGGUUACCAACCUGCCUCAAAGGAGGAUACUCAAGCUAUCACCGAGGCUCUCAAGGGUACCGACUUGGUGGUUAUCCCCGCUGGGGUUCCGAGAAAGCCAGGGAUGACUCGAGCUGAUUUGUUCAACAUCAAUGCAUCAAUUGUUCGUGAUCUUGUGGCCAAUAUUGGCAGAACUGCACCGAAUGCUUCAAUUCUUAUCAUCUCAAAUCCAGUGAACGCUACCGUACCGAUUGCCGCCGAAACCUUGAAGAAGUUGGGAGUCUUCAAUCCCAAAAAGCUUUUUGGCGUCACCACGUUGGACUCCGUGAGAGCAGAGACGUUCUUGGGUAAUUUGAUUGGCGAGAAUCCUGACAAUCUCAGAGGCAAAUUGCUGGUGAUCGGGGGACACUCCGGUGAUACCAUUGUGCCCCUUACGCAUACUAACAAUGCCAUCGCGAAGAAGGUUGACAACUUGUCGAAGUCUCAAUACGAUGAGUUUGUCCACAGAGUGCAGUUUGGUGGGGAUGAAGUUGUAAAAGCGAAAGACGGCGCUGGUUCCGCCACGUUGUCUAUGGCGUACGCUGGAUACAGAUUCGCUGAAAACAUCUUAAACCUGUUGAACGGAACAUCCUCAAGUCAGGAAGUUCCCGACUCCGCUUAUGUUUACUUGCCAGGAGUUCCGGGUGGCGACAAGCUUGUGAAGGAGAAGUUGAAUGGUGCAACCUUCUUUUCAGUUCCGGUCAUUUUGAAAAACGGUGAAGUUUCUGAUUUCGUAAACCCUUUUGACAAAUUGACUAUCACCGAACUGGAAAAUGAACUCAUCAAGGUUGCCUUAGGUGGCUUGCAGAAGUCAAUUGAGCAAGGUACAAAUUUCGUAACCGGCACCAAGUUGUAG